AUGCGGUAUGCAAAACGAAUAUUUAACUUUAUUUUGAAAAAUAACAAGUUUUAUAUAGUAAUUAUAGUUGUAUUACUUUUAAUUGUAAUUUUUCAAUGGAUGGUUCCAGGUUAUUAUGACUAUAAUCAAAUUUCGACGUUGGUUUAUUGUGAUAAGAAUCCCAGCGAUCAACAUAGAUAUUUAUUAUUUCCAAUGGUUACAAUUGUUUUCGAUGGAGGUUUAGGAAACCAACUCUUCGAAGUAUUUUCACUGCUUGGACUUGCUCUGAAACUCAAUCGAACUGCAAUUUUCAAUAGUGAGGACUGGAUUCUUCACUCAAAAUUAAAUCUUCUCCGAGAACAAGUACCUCAAGUUGCCGAAAGAGUUAUUUCUAUUCCAAUUGAGAUCCCUGAAUCCAGUCGAUUUAUAUACUCCCCAGCAUGUUGUCAUUUUCAAUUUUCGCCCCUUCUUUCCUGUGAACAAAGCAAAUAUCUUGUUAUUGAUGGACAUUAUUUUCAGAGUCACAAGUACUUCUCUUCUAUAGAGACUUCGAUAAGAAAAUGGUUGAAUCCCCCACAAGAAGAAGAGAAGCUAUUGAAAAAGAUGAUCAGGAGAAAAGAUGAAUUCCGAUUCAAAAUCUGCGUCCACAUCCGCCGCGGGGAUUUUCUGACAGACUCCCAACACGCUGGAACUGCUUCAAACUUUACGAUUCGUGCUGUAGACCACUUGUACACUCAGCAUCCCGGAUUGGUAUAUCUGUUCAGUAAUGACCCAGGUUGGGUUAGAGAGAAAAUAGCUGCACAUCUUGACUAUCAGAGUGAUGUUAAAGUAAUGGAAACGUCAGAAGCAAUCAAGGAUUUAUAUUUUGCACAGAUUCAUUGUGAUGCUGUGUUAAUUACCGCUCCUUCCUCGACAUUUGGCUGGUGGCUCGGAUAUUUGUCAAAAAAUCAAUCAAGUGUGUAUUACAGGGAUAUUCAGGAGACAGAGGAUAUGGUCAAACACCAAAUGGUGGAAGAGGAUUUCUUCCCGUCCACGUGGAAGAAAUUGGGGAUGUCACAAAACGGGCUGAUAAUUUCAAAAUAA